GCCUCUCACCUUAGUCAACGGCAUUUGAGCUCAUUUGCUUGUGAUUCGAUGCCGUCCGCCAUCGCCUGACUGCCCACGUAAAGAAGAUGAAAAGUUCAAAACUUAAAACGCCCCGGGAACUUUUUAUGAUCUACGCAUCCAAGCAGCCGCACACCGAAGAGGCUUCUCUAUUAGACAACGUUGGCAAUUGAGAAGUUGGAAACCACGGCGAUUCCUGGCCUUCCGUCUUCCAACCAAGAGAACCUUAUCGGUUCACCGCCGCUUUGCCUGCUGCCCUCCAAGCUCCUACCAUGGCGGCAACCCUCGGUGGCAGCCGUUUUCUUCUCCAAUCACCCUUCGGAACCAGAAAAGACGGAGUUUGGAGACCCAUCAACGUUGCCAAUCCGUGCCGAUGCGAGGCAGUCGGCAAUGAGGGAGCCCAGGCGACGGCGAGCGAGAGGCGAACAACCGUGAAGAGUCGCGACGACUCGCUGGUGAUAUGCAGGAUCGUCAAUGGAAUGUGGCAGACGAGUGGAGGGUGGGGGAGGAUCGAUAGGAACGCGGCCGUCGAUGCCAUGCUCCGCUACGCAGAUGCGGGGUUGACCACCUUCGACAUGGCUGACAUUUAUGGGCCAGCAGAGGAUUUAUACGGCACUUUCCUUAACAGGGUGCGGCGGGAGCGGCCACCGGAGUUGCUAAACGAGAUCAAAGGCCUUACCAAGUGGGUACCUCGUCCAGUUAAAAUGACAAGCAGCUUUGUACGAGAUAGUAUUAAUGUUUCUCGAAAGAGAAUGGAUGUUGCUUGUCUUGACAUGAUUCAAUUUCACUGGUGGGACUACUCAAAUCCUGGAUACCUUGAUGCACUGAAGCAUCUGACAGAUCUUAAAGAAGAAGGGAAGAUUAAGACCAUUGCAUUGACAAACUUUGAUACAGAAAGGUUGCAGAUAAUACUUGAAAAUGGGAUCCCCGUUGUCAGCAACCAGGUACAACAUUCAGUUGUUGAUAUGCGCCCUCAACAGAGAAUGGCAGAGUUGUGUCAGCUUACUGGUGUUAAACUUAUAACGUCUCUCUUUCUCUCUCUCAUGUAUGGGACUGUUAUGGGUGGCCUCUUGUCUGAGAAGUUUCUUAACACAAACAUGCUAUUUCCUUUAGCAGCUCCACCAUUAAACACGCCCUCCCUCCAGAAAUAUAAAAUGAUGGUAGAUGCAUGGGGAGGGUGGAACCUUUUCCAAGAUCUGCUUCAGACACUGAAGAAAGUAGCCUCAAAGCACAGGGUUACGGUACCUGCAGUUGCCGUUAGAUAUAUACUGGACCAGCCCUCAGUUGCAGGGUCUAUGAUAGGGGUUAGACUGGGCUUAUCUCAACAUAUAGAAGACUCUCUUGCCAUAUUUUCUCUAGAACUGGAUGAAGAAGACAAUGGCAACAUCAAUUCGGUGUCAAGGAAAGGAAGGGAUCUACUCAAAGUUAUUGGCGAUUGCGGAGAUGAGUACAGACGGGCAUAGACACCAAGUUGAAUACUUUGUUAAUGGAACGCAGAUGAAAUUAAGAUCCUUUUGUACACAUGAAUUUCCUGCUGUACCUUUUUUUUUUUUUUUUUUUUUUUUUUUUUCUUUCUUGGUUCUCCCAUGUAUUGCUCGGAGGCGCAACUGUGUUCAUUUUCACUACCAAAAAAAGAUAAGAUGCAUUGGCCACUUGUA